AUGGGUUUUGUCGGCGUCUACACCGCGGUCUACGACUAUCAGCCGCAGGGCGAAGGCGAACUCCAAAUCCACGAGGGAGAUCUCCUCUACGUUCUCGAGAAAAGUGCUGAUGACGACUGGUGGAAAGCCAAAAAGAAGGCUGAUCCGGAGGACGAGGAACCAGUGGGACUUGUACCUAGCAACUACGUUGAAGAGACGCACCCUGUCAGCAACGCUAAAGCACUCUAUGAUUAUACACGGCAGACAGACGAAGAAGUAUCAUUUUCCGAGGACUCAGAAUUAUUCGUAUACGACAGUUCUGAUCCGGACUGGACAUUGGUCGGAACGGGGUCGGAUUUUGGAUUUGCCCCUGCGAAUUAUAUACAGUUGCUAGGAGCGUAUGUUGCUCCAAAUGGCCAUGGUGAACAUGACGAGGAGCCAGAAACAGCAUAUGAAUCUGCGCGUACAGUUCCGGAGCGAGAGCCCUCACCACCAGCCCCAUCACUGCCACAGCGGCCAGUACAUGCUGAACCGGAGGAGUACGAGGCUGCGGAAUCGACUCAUGCAAUCCCAGACUCGAGCCCUGCCGCGGCGAUUGCCGGAAUAUUGCACAAACAGCAUGGGUCAAUGUCGUCGCAUGACACUUCUCGUGUAGUUCAUGCGGUGCCUCAGCCAACCGCAGCAGUGGAGGAGGAGGACGAGCCCGCACCAGCGCUCCCCAGGCGCCCGCCUUCGCAGGUGCAGCAGACCCUCGAAACAAGACACUACGAGCCUCCAGAGGAAGUGUCACCACCGCAGCCUCCUCGACCCCAACCCUCUCAAAUUUCCGUCACUCGGGACAGCGAUGCGCGAGUCCAAGAAUCGCCCCCUUUUAGCCGCGUCGGUUAUUCAGCGCCGUCUCCUCAUUCCCCAUCCGGUUAUCGCAUCUAUAACAUCAAUGAAAUGAUAUCAGUCAUGGGCAAGCGGAAGAAGAUGCCUACGACACUAGGUAUCAACGUACCUAAAGGAACAGUCUUCAUAUCGCCAGAUGGAUCGGAUGACGAUUCUCAGGAGGAGUGGACGGCGGAUAAACUUACGCACUACUCAAUUGAAGGGAAACAUGUAUUCAUCGAACUCGUUCGGCCAAGCAAGAGCGUUGAUUUUCACGCCGGCUCCAAGGACACUGCCCAUGAAAUCGUCGCUGCUCUAGGCGAAAUCGCAGGUGCAUAUAGGGCUGAAGGAUUAAGAGAAGUAAUCGAAGCAGGCCAAGGUGGUGCCAGUUUACAAAAGAAGGGACAGAUGGUAUAUGGUUUCAAGGCUCAAGGAAAUGAUGAGGUGACAGUAGCCGCCGGCGACGAGGUUAUCGUCUUGGACGAUACCAAAUCAGAGGAAUGGUGGAUGGUGAGGCGACUUAAGAACGGCCGCGAAGGUGUCGUCCCUAGCAGUUACGUUGAGGUUACAGGGAUCGUGGAAGCGUCUCCAGCGACCGGUAAAACAGGGCGGUCAACUGUUGAUCGGAACAGACAAGAAGAAGAACGGUUAACAAAGGAAUCCAUUCGGAAAGCACAGCGUGAUUCGGUGGACUCUCCACGUUCUGAGGUAGGCCCAGGAAUGAAGCUCCCCGAAAGACGGAGCAGUCGGCUUGCAUUGAAUGGUGGUAACUUUAGCUCACAGCGUCACAAACGUGAGAAAUCUGAUAAAAGCUCAAAGUCAAAACCCGACGCCUCGAAGACCAGGAGUUGGACAGACAGAACGGGCACAUUCUCGGUCGAUGCUCAAUUCAUCGGUCUACAUGACGGAAAGAUUCAUCUACACAAGAUGAAUGGCAUUAAGAUCGCUGUGCCAAUCGCUAAAAUGUCUGUUGAAGAUCUUGAAUAUGUCGAAAAGGUCACGGGACAAUCGUUGGACGAAGACAAACCUCUAUCAGAUAUUCGACGCCGAAGCCUACAGCAGAAAGAAAGGGAAAAGUCGGAAAAGACCGGUGUCCAUGUCAAAGAAUACGACUGGUUUGACUUCUUUCUUAAGGCAGGCGUUGGACCUCAUCAAUGUGAGCGAUAUGCUCAGAACUUUAGUAAAGAUUCGAUGGAUGAAGCAAUUCUACCCGACAUCAGCGCCGAGACUCUCCGUACACUGGGCCUAAAAGAGGGUGAUAUCCUCCGUGUCAUGCGGCACUUGGAUACGAUGUUCAAUCGAACUGGUUCCAAGUCCGGGUUGAGAAAUGUCAGCUUUGGUGGCCAGGAGGUUAUUGGAAACGGUGAGGAGGGCGGUUUGUUCUCUGGGCCUGGUGGCACUCUUCGGAACAAUACGACACGCAAAGGUCGUCCUGCUCCUGCUGUGCAAACUGGUGACGUCGAUCCCAAGGCAUUUGAGGCCAAAGAUUCCAGUAAACCCGUCGAGAAGGCGAGCACCCCAACGAGCUCGACGCCUACUCCGACCGUCUCCAAAGCUGAAACCGGGUUUGACGACGAUGCGUGGGAUGUCAAACGCCCCAAAGAUCUACCAGCUGCAACUGCACCAGCACCAGUUGCCUCUCCACCUGUGACUGCACAGGUGGUGACGGAAGCGCCUAAGCCAGCCGCACCAGUUGGUGCGAUGGCUGAUCUGUCACUCCUUCAGGCACCUUUGCAACCUAAUCCUGCACCGCCUAGCCAGCCAGUGUCAACAGCACCUGUACCUGCCCCGGUUCCGGCUCCAGCUCCGGCUCCAAUUCUGCCUCAGCAAACUGCGGUCUCCAUCGCUCCUCCUGCCCAGCAGCCGCAGGUGACCGGCGCAAACCCAAGUUUUUUCUCCCAACUUGGGGCUAUUCAGCCACAGCAAACUGCUGUCCCAGGUCAGCAACAAACCUUGGGAUUCUCUCUACAACCUCGUCAGAGACCUACAGCUCCUCAAAGCAUAAACCAGAACUCGCUGCUUCCUCCUCCACCACAGCGACCAUUGUCCGCGCCCCAAGACUUCCAAAGUCAGUUUGGUCCUCCACCAUUGCAGCCUCAAUUGACUGGUAUUUCUCGCAAUAUCCCUCAAUUAGCACCCCCGGGACAGAGUUUAUCCGAGCUCAACCAACAGCGAUUCCAGCCACAAUUUCAGACCCAAGCUACUGGAUUCCCUCAACAGUUCCAAAAUGGCAUGAUGCCUCAACCCACAGGGUUCGCGCAACAACCUGUCUCUCAAUUUGGGAUUCCGCAACAGCAAUAUGGUGUUGGCCAGCAGUUCGGAGGACUGCCACCACAACCUACUGGGUUUGGAGGCUUCUCUGCUCCUCAGCAACAACCAAUGCAGACAGGGAUCAACUCAGCACUCCCACCUGCACUACAGCCUCAACGGACCGCUGUCAAUGGAUUUGGCACUAGCAUCAGCCCCCCUCCUGUUCCACCAAUUCCCCAAACACCAGCUGCCCCAUUGCAGCCCCAGAAAACUGGGCCCGCGCCUCCAAUCCGGUUUGGAGUCAAGGCAGAUGCCAAAAAGCUUGCUCCUCAGCCAACUGGAAUGCGUGCCAAUCUUGCACAAGCUACUCCUGCGAAUCCCUUUGGAUUCUAG